CUCUCUCUUUCUCUCUUUCUCCUUUUAGUCUUUGUCUUUUUCUCCUUUCUCUUGUCAAGAUGGCAGCAACAACCUACCAAAGAGUAGGGGGGAACGGAGAACUCGGGAGCCUCCUGUUUAAGUACAAGCUCGCAAAAGCACUGACAUUUGUUAGUCUGGUAGCUAUUGUCUUGAUGGCAAUAGGAUCUUUAGUUUAUCCUGGAGGAUCCAUCAAACAAGAUUACGAUGACUACACAAACAACCGAUCUCCGGGAUCUUCAAACCUCCCGACCGAAGAAGCUGUUGAUUACGGAGGCAUCAAGACUACUGGCAAAUGUGAAUUGCCAAGAAAAAUUACCAUUGCACCCAGUGGGGACGAAACAUAUAGCCCACCUCCGACUGAUGCAAGCUUACUGAAAGCAAUUAGCUUUGUUACCAAAUCUGAAUAUGAAGAUUACUGCCAGCAAUGGGAUCCCGCUACUGGAUUCACUGAUGCUGAACCUUACAACACUCGUGGCGAAUGUGGAACUUGGCAAGAAAAAUACACUGCACUUCAUAAGCACAGAUUGGAACAACUAGAGCUUAUCAAAUCUGGAGAUUUACAAGGUUUUACAGACUCUGAUAGACCAACCUACAUCUCCUAUGUUUGUAAAGAAGUUCCUGCUAAUAGCAAUCGCGGUUGUGGUGGACUGGCUGAUCGUAUGAGCGGCAUGAUCUCCACCUUUUUCUUUGCUCUCAUUACGGAUCGUGCCUAUCUGGCUAAUUGGGCUGAGGGAAAUCCCAUUCCCCUCGAGCUUCUGUUUGACAGACCUAAUGUCGACUGGAGCUUCGACCCUAAGGAGAUAUCUAAUCUGUUUACCGGGGAAAAAGAUUCUUUGUUGGGUAUGGAACAGGUCGAUUUGCUCAAUCAGAAAUAUCCCGGUAUGGGUUCAAUUAUGUUCCGUGAUGGACCUACACAGGACUUUAAUGCGCUAUGGAACGCUUCUUAUAUUGAAGUCAGAUCCAACCGAGGUUAUAUUGUUCGUACUUUCCAGAUGUCAAGUGUCUACCCUGAGAGGCUAGAGAGUAUUGGCUUGACUAAAGAAAACGCCUUUGGUUGCUUGGCUGACUACAUGUUCCGCCCUACAGUCGGUAGCAGGCGGUUCCUCAAUGCUUACAAGCAAAUGUUUGAAAUGAAUAGCAUUUUGAGUAUUGGACUGCAGAUCCGUACAGAUGAUAAUGCCUUAGCAAACCCUCAACACGAUGAUAACAGUCUUGAGAAAUGGAACCACUUUAUGAUAUGUGCCAACCAAUUGGCUAGUGUUCACAAACAACCCCAUCACAAGCGAGUAGUUUACUUCCUAGUUACAGACUCUCUGAAGUUACGUGACGAAUUUGUGUCAAUGAAUGAAGACCCCGCUCUUGCUGAGAAAUAUAUUGGCACAGGCCACAAAGACACUACUACGGUGAUAAGCGGGCUACCAAUUGAACAUAUUGAACCUGCUCAAAUCGCAAAAUAUAUUGAUGUUGAAAUCCCCAAAGAAAUCAACCGCGCACGCAUGACUCCUGGUGUAAGCAGUGCUUUGAUGGAGAACUGGAUGCUUGGUUAUACAAACUAUCGCGUGAUUAGUCCUCAAGGCUACGGAAAGCUUGCUGCAUUCCAUUCUAAGUCAGACAACAGCACUGUCGCGAUGCCAAGAUUCAGACAAAGGGAUCGUGCACCAGAUUGCACAAAGCCUGGCGCAUUGGUUAAAUAUGACUGGCUCAGUACUCAAUGGAGUCUGGGAUAAAGAGAUUAUAAUAUCGAUAUAUCUUUAAUGUUACUCGUAUAUCUCUUUCGCUUAUUUGCUUUCUUAACUGUAUUUUUUUUACAGAUACACACAUACAUACAUUUUAUAUAUAGACAUGAACCAAAUGAUUUAAUACGAUUCUUGUAAUAGCUUGUAAAAUUAUAAAGUACAUGCAUUGCAUUGCGUUUUAAUUGAUUGAAUAUUUUUGAAAAACAAACAACCGAAUAAACAAAUAAAAAGAAAACAUUUAGUAAAUAAUG